AUGUGGUGGCAUUUUGAGCUUGACGAACAUCCACGCAGAAAGUUCAUUCCGACGGUGGAGGAGCUCAAUCGAUCCUACGGUAUCCAGAACGGAUCACCAGCACGGUUGACAACCGCCGCUAUUGAUUUGGAACUGGACAUUACUCGCCCACGAGAGCACACCCGAGUCAUCUCUGAGGCAGAACUGUCCAUGCCAUCAAGUAACAGCAUCCCCCUUUCAUCUUCGCAACCAAUGGCUGACCACCUCUCCUUGCCUUGUCUCAGCCGCCUGAGUGGAGAGUGGACGAUCUACGACAACGUCAUGCAGCAGUUGUUGACAAAGACGUUAUCAAAGGUUGAACAGUUUUACCUGCAACUGUGGACUAUGAAUACGCUCGAGAGCUUGCUUAGGGUGCUCAGGGCCAAGGCUCGAAAUUACGACGACAACGGCAACGAGCCUCUCGCGUUCUUUAUCACCAACCCUCUCUAG